AAGUAAUGGUAGAUCGGCGGUAAAAUCUCCCUUUCGGCUUCGGGCAUCGAAGGCGGUUAGUGCGCGUGUGCGAACCGCGCCGAGGGGUGGUUGGUCGAUGGUCCGAUGUGCGAACUCGAAAAUUGCGAAUUCGGGUGAAAUUUUCCAUGUUUUUUGCUCGGUCUUGGGCUGAACGUGAACGGUGAUUCAUUAUUUAUUUUAUCUUUAAAAGGAAAACGUGCGGCUCGCGAGCUGCCACCGCGAAGCGAACGGGUGGCCGAGUCUUUCGUAGGGGCGCACAAAAACGACACGCGGUUGUCGAAAAAUGGCGAAAACCUUUCGCGCGGUGACAGUAUUGACUUUGUCAAACAAUGGACAGUCAAUACCAAAGUAUAAUAAACCGGUCACGCUCAACGUUAAUUAUGACCCGCAAGGCCUCAGCGUCGAACUCGUCUUAGGUGAUUCCACUGCAAGAGAAAAGGUUUCAUUAUUGGAAUUUCCUGUAACUCAUACUACUGAAUGCUCUAGGGUUUCAUCGCGAAGUUAUGUUUUCACAUUGGAUUCAGAUAGCUUGUUAAUAACAUUUGCUAAUGAAACAGACUUUCGAAACUUUCAUUCACAAAUAUUAAAACUCAAAAAUGGAAAGGGUGUAUCAGCAUUUAAUGAAAGAACAGAGGAGUCAUCGGCCAUGCAAUAUUUUCAAUUUUAUGGUUAUUUAUCACAGCAACAAAAUAUGAUGCAGGAUUACAUCAGAACAAGCACGUAUCAGCGUGCAAUUCUUGGCAAUUUAUCUGACUUUAAAGAUAAAGUUGUGUUAGAUGUAGGAGCUGGUUCUGGCAUUUUAUCAUUUUUUGCAAUUCAGGCUGGUGCAAAAAAAGUAUAUGCUGUAGAAGCAAGUAACAUGGCAAAUCAUGCAGAAUUACUAGUAGCUGCUAAUAAUUUAUCAGAUAAGAUUAUAGUCAUAGCUGGAAAAAUUGAAGAAAUAGAUCUACCAGAACAUGUUGAUUGCAUAGUUAGUGAACCUAUGGGUUACAUGUUAUAUAAUGAAAGAAUGCUUGAAACUUAUCUUCAUGCCAAAAAAUGGCUAGUACCAGGUGGAAGAAUGUUUCCUUCUAGAGGAGACUUGCAUAUCGCACCAUUUUCUGAUGAAAAUCUUUAUAUGGAACAAUUUAAUAAAGCCAAUUUCUGGUACCAAACAUGUUUCCAUGGUGUAGAUCUUUCUGCAAUGAGAAAUAAUGCCAUUAAAGAAUAUUUCCGCCAACCUAUUGUUGAUACCUUUGAUAUAAGAAUUUGUAUGGCUAAAUCUGUCAGGCAUAUCGUAGAUUUCCAGACAGCUGAUGAGACUGAUUUACAUAAAAUAGAUAUAGAUGUUGACUUUCACAUAUUAGAAAGUGGUACAUGCCAUGGUCUUGCAUUUUGGUUUGACGUGGCAUUUAUUGGUUCUACUCAACAAGUUUGGUUAAGUACUGCUCCUACAGAGCCUCUUACACAUUGGUAUCAAGUGCGUUGUCUUCUUGAAAAUCCAUUGUUUUGUAAGAGUGGCCAGUUACUUUCUGGAAAAGUAAUUCUUAUUGCCAACAAAAGGCAAUCUUAUGAUGUUACAAUAGAACUGAAACUUGAAGGAACAAACAUGGAAAGCAGUAGUAAUACUUUAGACUUGAAGAACCCUUACUUUAGGUAUACAGGAGCAGCAGCACAACCACCACCUGGGUUAAAUAAUACUUCACCUAGUGAAUCUUACUGGACAACUUUGGAUGCACAAGGUGCUCGACAAGCUGUGAAUAUGGUUAAUGGCAUGUCGGUCAACGGUCUUGGUGAGGUUUCAAUGGAUACAAGUGCAGCAGUAAAUCCCAGUAAUUUACUUGCAAUUGGUGGCCAGCCGAACAUUCAUCCUGGUUCGAUAUCAAGUACCGGACGUGGUCGAGUAGGAGGUACGGCUACUAGUACGCAAGCGGCACAAUUGAUAGGUGGUGGAAUCACGCCUAAUAUGUUUACAUCUCCGGCUACUCUUGGUGUUACUUUCCAGCAAUCGCUGGUCCUUGGAAAUACAUCGCAUUAUCCGGUAAAUCCAAGUUUAAUGAUUGGUGAUUACGUGACACCUGGAAACGGCAUAUCACCUCAGACUUACCGGCAAUGAUCUAUGGCAAAAUCAUUUUGCACCGAGUAUUCUCGCAAAGUAAAACAGUUACAGAAUGAUCCUCGCCAUAGCAAUUCUAGCAACACUGGUGACAAGGGCAACAAUAAGCAAAGUCGUAAGUUGGUGUUUAGUUCGCCAGCCAGCAAGCUUCGACUCGCGUCUGCCGUUCGAAUUUUACAUACAGUUGAUUUAACCAGUCUUGAACCACAUUUUGAUCAUAGCGGUAACAAUGUCGCUUAUUUGAGUAAGCCUACAGUUGAUUCUGUAUUUGGAUUUGGUUGGGGUUCUGGAAGAAAUAAUUCUCAAUGGGAGGCACGUUGGAGGAGAUUGCGAGCCAUCCCCUCGUAGCUGUCAAUAUUUUGUACUGUCAUCUUUUAUUUCAUCGCCCCUUGAAGAUCGGAUCUUCCAGAUUGAAGUGUGCACGCUUGCCAAAUAUAUCCAGGAAGAUAUAAUAUUUUUUAACGACAAUACAGUUUACCGUAUGCAGCGUUCUACGCCUUACUAUUUUACCAAGCCCUGACAUGGUCUAUACAUCAGUAAUUUGUAAGGAAUGUAGAUCGAUCAUAAAUCGUGUUGUGAUUUCUUGUCUUUUCCUUUAAAAGACUUUAAAAGUUUUAGUACCAGCAAGAUAUCGGAGAUUGUACAUCGAUUAGUUGUUGGCAUAACUGGUUUUCAAUAUCAAAUGACUUUUACACAACUCGUAGAAUAGAAAACAACAUUUUUAACAUUUUGCAAAGUGCAAAAAGCAAUAAUCUGAUAAGCAUACAAUAUUAAGCACUCUGUGGCAGAAUUUAUUAUAUAAUUAAUACAAAUAUUUUUUUUUUAUAUGUUUCGUUCCUCAUAUUCUUGUAAUUCUGUUUAUUUUUUAAACAGUAAACACAUUUUACAAUUUUUUUAUUCGUAUUUUGUAGACUAAACUUUGCAUGGAUAGGUGCAUAAUUUAUAAACUUACCUUUAAAUUUGAUUCUAUCCAACUUACAUUGUAUGUUACCAUUCUUCUUAAAUAUUUAUAGAAUACAGUCUGAUGAAACUUUCUGAAACUUAAUUUUGCAUAAAGCAUUUUUUAAGACUAUUACUAUUACAUGUAUAUGUACAUGUUUUACAAUAAUAUAAUGUACAUUAUAGUUUAUUGUAUCAGUAUUUAGGGUGCUUAAAUUCAUGUAAACACGAGGAACUGAUUUACAGUAAUGUAUCCAAAACUUAAGCAUGGUAAAAAAUGUAGUAGAUUUUUUUUAUCUAUAGCGUGUUCUUCCAUAAUAAUAAAAAAAAAAAGAAAAAAAAAGUAUAUAUAUAUAAUUUAUAAUUGCAUCAAGUAUCAAAUACUCAUAUUACUUUGUAUUUGGCAUUCCACAAGUGCUUCUAAUAUUGUAUGAUUUGUUGUUGUACAUAACAUAAAAGCCUGCUUCUCUUCCAUUCUUUCUUUGUAAGAAAACGAUUACAGCAAUAUUUGAAAGAUAUGGAUAACCAAAAGAAAAUUAUAAAACUUUUUGUUGCUUUUCUGAGUAUUGCUUUCAACGUCAUCAUUGUAUAUUUGUGUGAGUGCGCAUAGUUUUUCUUUUUAUAUAAUUGCAAUACAAUGACUGAAAGUUAAUGUGACAUCUCAGGAAGCGAUGCAAGUAGUAGAUACUUUCAUUCAAUUUUUUUUUUCGAUUUGUUUCAUAAUUACAUGCAAUUUAUAUAUUCAUUUAAAAAGUCUAGUGCAAGUAUGGAGAUGCUCAUUAUUAAUAUUACCCAUUGUUUUAUAACAUCCAUACAUCAUUGGUUAAUAGGAAUAAAGAUAGUAUUUAUCAUUGUUCAUAGUAUUAACAGUUGCAUCAAGCUAUUGUUUCUAUAUAAUAUUAUAAUUUAAACUACAAGAAAACAAAAUAUUGUUUCUUUUUUGUUUUUAUAUAUUUACUUUUUUUUUAUAUAUAUAAAAGAAACUAGCUUGAGUGUAUUUGACAUACUCUGAGGAGAUAAAUACUAUUUGUCUCAUAAAUAUCAUCUGGUAGGUACAUAAAUACACGAAGGGAAAAGGUUAGAAUUGUGUUCAAAAUAAUAAUUAUUUAGUAUUUUAUGGUAUAGUUGACUUAUAUAAAUUCAUCCUAAUUACUAAUGUAAUUAUGUUUCUACUUCCUCUGUGAUGGUUGAUAUGAAUAUGAUCUUUAGUAAAUCUUAGUACAAAAUAGUACAAAAAGAUGAUAUAAAUUUUCUUUUUAUGUCCUUUCUUCCUUUGGCAGCUGCAACAAAUAACUUUAAUUUGUUAUGCUGUAAAAACUUAUCACUUUUCCAUUUUUAUAAAUUACUAAUGUGCUUCCAAAAUAUUACAAUGAUAUUCGGUCGAACGCUAAUCUAACUUUUACUUUCGUGUGAGAAUAUCAUUUAUCAUAUUGCAUGUCCGAUAUGCUCGAAAGAAUAUCGUUAAAAAUUAGAAGUUAUUUUGGUAGUACUGCGUUUAUUUCUUUUUUCUUUAUUAAAAAUAGUAUUAUACGACUAAAUGUGGCUCUUUGAAAAUGUAUUGAUUAUUUAGAUAUUCGUUUCAAGAUAUUUGAUUAAUAGCGUGAUUUGUUAAACGAAUUUCAAUUGUAAUAAUAAUUUCAUUAUCAUUAACAUGUCAUCCUCAUUGACUCUUAUCAUCGUCAACAUUAUCAUUGUAUUUUUCAACGUAAGAAGAGCUCACUCGAAAGCGUGCGUGUGUAGAAGCAUACGUGAUACAUGUGCACCAUCCAAUACGAUUACGAUUAGUAUGCACGCGCCAUUUGUAUGUAUAGCCUUCGUGCGUGUGUGACGAAUACGCGUAGUAUUUUUUGCAUCCAUUACAUUAAUGAGGUUUAUUUAUACGGCGCAUUAUAUCACGAGCAAUUUUGAAUUGCACCGACUGAACAUCAAUUUUGUUAUUUACCUAUAUAAACAUCCGUCGUGCUCGAUUAUUAAUUGUAAAUACUCGACAGCUUUUUUGGCUUUACUUGUUUUCUAUCUUUUUGGUAGCAAACGCAUUAUAGUGUUCUAAUUCUUUGUAAUUAAUCUAUCCUAGAAAGUCUGUUAGAAAAAUUUUAUAAAUAUCUACACAGACUACGAAGGAUUUUCUUUUCUUUUGCAUUUUCUUCGUAAAUGAAUUUUAAUGGGAGAUCAUUUAGUCUCCGAGACACGUUGUAUAUAAAUGUGUCGAAAUUGCAUCUUCGGCUCAGCAAAACGGGGUAACGAUUCCGUUAACUUUAAGGACGGUGCAAUUCUAGACAAAUCGUGUCGAUUAAUCGCUGUUUGCAUAAUAAUACUGGUUCCAUGAAUUACCUUUUAUAAUAGGAUUUUUUUACUUUUGCUUUCAUCGAUCUCCCUCCACCAUGUUUGUAUUCCGCGAGUGUUCUUUUUUAUACUGUCCGAAAUGACAAGAAUGUACACGGAACUCUAUUACGUUCCAUGACUUCGUUUUACCGCAAGUUAAGGAUUAUAUAAAAUUAUUGAUGACAGGCGAUUUAGUAAUAAUGAUAUUUAUAUCUGUCGAAUUAAUAAAUUAAGUUGAAAUUUUACCUCGCCGGCUCGUUAUUUAAUCUCGUUCGAGCAAUUUUUUUUUUUUAAAUAAGCCGGUUGUGGAAUUGAUCUGUGUGAGAAUGAUACGCCGUUUCACACUACGACUGAAAUUCAACGGCGAUGUAGUGAAUAAUAAAUAAUUAUACAACAGUGUACGCCCGAUUAUGAAUCAAACGAGAUAUUGUAUUUGUCAAUAAGAGACAAAAUUAUAUGGUGCGCGGUAAA